GAGGCGCGACUCUAGAGGCUGCCCGGGACACCCCCGCACCCCGUGGUAGGAACCGGGACCCAAACAAAGGCGGGCAGCAGAUAAAAGGCGGCGGCGGCGGCGAGUGCUUCGCGUGCGCGCUGGGGACGUAGUUGUCACGGACCUGGCGGCGGUCUGCACGCCAGCCGAGCGGAGCUUGGGGGCCGCUGGCCUCCUACAGCUCUGAGGACCUUUCCUCCUGAAAUUACCCUCAAGGGACAAGUGUUCGCCGCGGGGUGGCCGAAGCCCCUUAACCCCUGGGGCACCCGUGUAUCAGCCUAGCUCGGCUCGGUCAGCGAGGGUAUGGACUCAGAGGAUGAUCCCCUGCUGCAGGAUGUGUGGCUAGAAGAGGAACAGCAGGAAGAUGAGGCCUGCAGGAGUGUCCCCGGGCCAGGGCUGCAGUCCGGAGCACAGGGCUGCUGGCGACGCUGGACACUGCCCUCCAGGCCCCCGACUUUGGGGUUCUGGAGCACUCUGGGCUGGGCCUUCACCAACCCGUGCUGCGCAGGGCUGGUGCUGUUCCUUGGCUGCAGCAUCCCCAUGGUGCUGUCUGCCUUCAUGUUCCUCUACUAUCCGCCCCUGGACAUCGACAUCUCCUACAACGCCUUUGAGAUCCGCAACCACGAGGCAUCACAGCGCUUCGACGCCCUGGCCUUGGCCCUCAAGUCCCAGUUUGGAUCUUGGGGGCGCAACAGGCGCGACCUGGCGGACUUCACCUCCGAGACGCUGCAGCGCCUCAUCUCAGAGCAGCUUCAGCAGCUGCACCUGGGGAAUCAUUCUCGACCUGCAUCCCGAGCUCCUCGCUCAGCACCGAGGGACACUGUUGCCACUCAGACAUCAGCAGCCAAUUCGAGUGAGCGACGUCGCCGGGAGGCUCAGCCCCCGGAGGGUCAAGUAACCAAUCAGAGCCGGGCCCGUCGGGGCGCCUCGCACUGGGAUUACUCGCGCACCUAUGUGAGCGCCAACACCCAGACACACGCGCAUUGGCGAAUCGAGCUCAUCUUUCUGGCACGCGGAGACGCGGAGCGCAACAUUUUCACGAGCGAGCGUCUAGUCACGAUCCACGAGAUCGAGCGUAAAAUCAUGGACCACCCGGGUUUCCGGGAGUUCUGCUGGAAGCCCCAUGAGGUGCUCAAGGACCUGCCGCUCGGAUCCUAUUCCUACUGCUCCCCGCCUAGUUCUCUCAUGACUUACUUUUUCCCCACCGAGAGGGGCGGCAAGAUCUACUACGAUGGCAUGGGCCAGGACCUGGCGGAUAUCCGGGGCUCCCUAGAACUGGCCAUGACUCACCCCGAGUUCUACUGGUAUGUGGAUGAGGGCCUCUCCGUGGAUAAUCUGAAGAGCUCCCUCCUGCGCAGCGAGAUCCUGUUUGGAGCGCCGCUUCCCAACUACUACUCCGUGGAUGAUCGCUGGGAGGAGCAGAGAGCCAAGUUUCAGAGCUUCGUAGUCACGUAUGUGGCCAUGCUUGCCAAGCAGUCCACUAGCAAAGUCCAGGUCCUCUAUGGGGGGACAGACCUCUUCGACUAUGAGGUACGCCGGACCUUCAAUAACGACAUGCUCCUUGCCUUCAUUAGCAGUAGCUGCAUCGCGGCCCUCGUCUACAUCCUAACCUCCUGCUCAGUGUUCCUGUCCUUCUUUGGGAUUGCCAGCAUCGGUCUCAGCUGCCUGGUGGCACUCUUUCUCUACCAUGUGGUCUUUGGCAUCCAGUACUUGGGCAUCCUCAAUGGAGUGGCCGCCUUUGUGAUUGUGGGCAUCGGUGUGGAUGAUGUCUUUGUAUUCAUCAACACAUACCGCCAGGCCACCCACCUGGAAGACCCCCAACUGCGGAUGAUCCACACCAUCCAGACUGCAGGCAAAGCCACCUUCUUCACCUCGCUGACCACCGCCGCCGCUUAUGCGGCCAACGUCUUCUCCCAGAUUCCAGCUGUGCAUGACUUCGGCUUGUUCAUGUCCCUCAUUGUGACCUGCUGCUGGCUGGCUGUGCUGUUCACCAUGCCUGCGGCCCUGGGCCUCUGGAGCCUCUACAUGGCGCCCCUGGAGAGCUCCUGCCAGAACAGCUGCCACCAGAAGUGCGGCCGCAAGAGCUCCCUGCAUUUUCCCGGGGACCUGUUCACGGCUCCGGAGCGGGCUGGGGGUGGCCCUGCUCAGGGUCCCCUCCCCUAUCUGGAUGAUGAUAUCCCCUUGUUGAAUGUGGAGGAUGAGCCAGCGUCCCUAGAGCUGGGAGAUGUGUCACUGGUCUCUGUGCACUGUGAGGGUCUGCAGCCCACCCCUGAUGGGAACAGCAGGGGCCAGCUCCUCGCCCAGCUGCAAGAGCUGCUGCACCACUGGGUCUUAUGGGCAGCCGUCAAGAGCCGCUGGGUGAUCGUAGGGCUUUUCGCCUCCAUCCUUAUCCUGUCCCUGGUGUUCGCCAGCCGGCUCCGCCCCGCCAGCCGGGCCCCACUGCUCUUCCGGCCGGACACCAACAUUCAGGUGCUACUGGACCUCAAGUACAACCUGAGCGCCGAGGGGAUAUCCUGCAUCACCUGCUCAGGUCUGUUCCAGGAGAAGCCCCACAGCCUGCAGAACAAUGUCAGGACAUCCCUGGAGAAGAAGAAGCGAGGUUCUGGGGUUUCCUGGGCCAGCCGCCCUGAGACCACUGCACAGGAGUCCAUGAGCACUGUGUACAUCUCCAAAGUGAAGAGCAAAGGCCACCCAGCGGUCUACCGGCUCUCUCUCAAUGCCAGCCUACCAGCACCCUGGCAAGCUGUGUCCCCUGGAGAUGGAGAGGUGCCCUCCUUCCAGGUGUAUAGAGCGCCUUUUGGUGACUUCACCAAGAAGCUGACCGCUUGUAUGUCUACAGUAGGGCUGCUUCAGGCGGCGAGCCCCUCCCGCAAGUGGAUGGUGACGGCCUUGGCCUGUGACGCCCGGAGGGGCUGGAAGUUUGACUUCAGCUUUUAUGUGGCCACCAAGGAGCAACAGCACACUCGGAAGCUGUACUUUGCUCAGUCCCACAAGCCCCCCUUCCACGGGCGCCUGUGUGUGGCACCACCUGGGUGCUUGCUCAGCUCCAGCCCUGAUGGGCCCACCAAAGGCUUCUUCUAUGUGCCUAGUGACAAAGUGCCCAAGGCCCGCAUCUCUGCCACCUUUGGCUUCAACCCUUGUGUGAACACGGGCUGUGGGAAGCCUGCGGUGCGUCCGCUGGUGGACACAGGAGCCAUGGUCUUUGUGGUGUUUGGCAUCAUUGGACUCAACCGCACCCAACAGAUGGACAACCAUGUUAUCGGGGACCCGGGCAGCGUCAUCUACGACAGCAGCUUUGACCUCUUCAAAGAGAUCGGGCACCUGUGUCGCCUCUGCAAGGCCAUUGCGGGCAACUCGGAGCUGGUGAAGCCAGGCGGGGCCCAGUGCUUGCCAUCAGGAUACAGCAUCUCUUCCUUCCUGCAGAUGUUGCACCCCGAGUGCAAGGAGCUGCCCGAGCCCAACCUGCUGCCAGGGCAGCUAUCUCACGGGGCAGUGGGUGUCAAAGAGGGCCGUGUGCAGUGGAUCUCCAUGGCCUUUGAGUCGACCACGUACAAGGGCAAGUCCUCCUUCCAGACCUACUCAGACUACCUGCGUUGGGAGAGCUUCCUCCGGCAGCAGCUGCAGACAUUCCCCGAGGGCUCAGCCCUGCACCGAGGCUUCCAGACCUGUGAGCACUGGAAGCAGAUCUUCAUGGAGAUCAUAGGGGUACAGAGUGCCCUGUACGGCCUGGUCCUCUCUCUACUCAUCUGUGUGGCUGCGGUGGCCGUGUUCACCACCCACGUCCUCCUGCUGCUGCCUGUGCUCCUGAGUAUCCUAGGCAUCGUCUGCCUCGUGGUGACCAUCAUGUACUGGAGUGGCUGGGAGAUGGGUGCUGUGGAGGCUAUCUCCCUGUCCAUCCUGGUUGGCUCCUCUGUGGAUUACUGUGUCCAUCUGGUAGAAGGCUACCUGCUGGCUGGGGAGAACCUACCCCCACAGCAGGCUGAGGAUCCCAGCUCUCAGCGCCAGUGGAGGACCCUCGAGGCCGUCCGGCAUGUGGGCGUGGCCAUCGUGUCCAGUGCACUCACCACCGUCAUUGCCACCGUCCCACUCUUCUUCUGCAUCAUCGCCCCGUUCGCCAAGUUCGGGAAGAUCGUGGCACUCAACACGGGCGUGUCCAUCCUCUACACUCUCACCGUCAGCACCGCCCUGCUGGGCAUCAUGGCCCCCGGUUCCUUCACCCGGACCAGGACUUCCUUUCUUAAGGCCCUGGGUGCUGUGCUGCUGGCAGGAGCCCUAGGGCUGGGUGCCUGUCUUGUGCUCCUGCGCAGUGGCUACAAGAUCCCUCUUCCCAGCGGGGCCUCGCUAUAGCCCUGUGCUUGCGUCCAGACUCACUCGAGUUGCCUUGCAGCGGGGGAUGAGAGAUCUGAGACCCAGGGGCUCUCUGAUUUCUGGUCGAAUUCCAACUAGCUCCCCUCACAGGCUUCGUGGAACUGAAACCCGGAGCUGUGGGGCCACACCACCUUCAGCACAGCUCAGACUGGAAGUAAAGUCAGAUACCCCUAUACUAUCUGGGCCCCUUCACUGAAGUUUGCCUGGCCCCUCCUCCUAUACCUGGUCACCACCAAGCAGGUGGCUUCCUACCGGGGUCUCCUCUCACACUGCUUCAGUGUUCGUGACUUGCUUGGGUGGGCAUUUCAGGACCAACUAUUCUACAGAUGUGGAAACUAAAGCACCAGGAGGCAGGGACUGCUCUGUGCUGGAUCAGGGCAGAGCCAGAAUUGUCUCAAAGCACAGGUCUCCCUGGGCUUUUGGCAGGAAGAGCACAGCAGAUCCAGGAUAGGGGGCCCACCCACCCCCCAGCUCUAUGCAACCAGUGCUUGGUGACCCUGCUGUGGGCCAAGCCAGCAGAGACAGAGGCACUUCUCGGGAUCAUGCAUGUCCUAGCCCAAGCCCCAGCCUCCGGGGCACCUCAAAAUCCCUCCCUGGAGUUGUGGCUCUACUAUCCCUACAGAUCCAAACCUUGGCACCCCCACCUGACUGAGAGUGAAUGACUGGUGUGUGGCGGGGUGCCGCACAAAUGGGGAGAAGCUAGCUGGCUAUGCCUGCCGCCUGCUCAUGGCAGAUGGUCCCUAUUAAAGUGAGACGAAACUGCAGACCGCUGCUAUUAACACAAGCAUUUUCAGCCUCGCUAGCUCCAUCAUGUCCUUAAAAUUGAAAUAACUAAGUGUUCACACGCAGCCUGACACAGAGGGUGACACCAGACCUGGGUAGAAGGUGUCCAGUACAGAGAUGGGAGCACUUGGGCUCAGUGUGAGGCCAGGGCCUCCCAGUGAGAAGUGGGUGGAACCCAGGAGAUGUUUGUGCCUUUAUGGGGUCCAUCCGGACCCACAGUUGAGCAUUUUUGAAAGCUUGGCAUUGUGACAGCCACCAGACUUCUUCCUGGGCAUAGACGUUGUGCUUUUUGGGUCUUAGAAAGCUGGACAUAGACUGAACAGGACAGUUCGGGGAUCAGGAUAGAUCCCUGAGGGCGAGAAAGGACUCCAGGGUGGUCUACACAUCAGCUCACAUGGUCACCAGUAGAUGUGCAAGGGGAGGCUGGGUGCAAGACUGAGACCACUGUAUUCUUGCCUAGUUGUGCCUGGCGUGGCAUGGUGCCCAGUGUUUGUUGAGGAAAUAUCAAGCCUUUAGACCCACCAUCCACAGUGAAGAAAUGAAGUGAUCAAGCGGGUACUGGCUGGCAUGUGACACAACAGACGCUCUUCUUGGAGUUGGUAUUCAUUCCCUGAGGCACCAUGAUGGCACCACAGAUGUCUGCAGCAGAAGACCCUCAUCUCUGACAGCAGGGCUGUUCCCUCCGAGAAUCCAAAGAGGGGAUCUGAUCCAGGCCCGCUGGCUGCUGGGCAUCUGCUGGUCUCCGUGUGUCUGUCAUUUCAUGUCCGCAUUUCUCUAAGAGGGACAUCUGUCAUACUGGAGUUGGCCCCAC